GCCAAAGGUAGCGAACAACAAAGAUGGAGUCGUGUCGCAGAAUGUUGGUGCUCGCUGUUUGGGGUUUCUUAGUUUCGACGGCACUUGCCGCAGUUCAAUGCCCUGCCGGAUGGACGACCUACGUUGCCGGUAGUCGAUGCUACCAGUACGUCGAGUCAUCGGUUGACUUCGCCACUGCCGAAAACUCAUGUGCUGCGAAUGGCGGCCAACUUGCCAGUGUGACCAGCCAGGAGGAGCAUGACUUUAUCCUCUCUGAUAUCUGGCCAUCCGUCACCAAUGACUACGUCUACCUAGGAGCCGACGACAAGGCUGUCGAAGGGACAUGGGUAUGGAAGGACGGGUCCGUUUGGUCUUUCGAUAGGUGGGGCGUGUGGAAUAGGCAGCAGCUUCCCGUUCAUGGUAAUGUCCACAACUGCCUCACCAUGACCAAGGUCACUGACAUCAACGGAGACUGGUAUGACUUCCUCUGCACUAACACCGCCCACUUCCUUUGCGAACAAGCCGCUACUAAUGUUGCCUUCACCUGCGAUGCCAAUGAUGGCCGCAACUGGCAACUCUUGACCGACAAGUGCUACUUCUUGGUCCGCGGCAUGAAGAACUGGCAAAGAGCUGAGACCAACUGCCAGAGGAUGGGAGCACAACUGGCCAGCAUCCACGAUCAGACUGUCAAUGACUUCUUCACCACAACCUGGGUGCAACGUUAUGGCCGCGGCAUGUGGGUAGGAUUGAACGACCGCUCCGUCGACGGUACCUUCAUGUGGAAUGAUGGCACCACCAACAACUUCCAGAACUGGGCAGUCAUCAAAGGCGUACAACAACCCGAGAACACGAAUCUGAAGAACUGCGUUGGCCUGGCAUCUCCGGCCAAGGGUGCAGCUGGACAGUGGAACGACUACAAGUGUACCAUGAAGGAAUGGUCCAUCUGUCAAAGAGAUGCUGUUUAAGAUGAACACUCCAUGCUCUUGAUAACACAGGCUAUUCAUCGUUUUUCAGGCGUGGCCGCCAUCUUGUUUGGGGGAUUAAUCUGGCAGAAUUUAGUCUGCCUUUAAUAUUUCUAACAAGAUGGCGUCGAGAUGUUAUGGUUGAGGAAACGAUGAAUGCAAGGCAUUAUUUAGCAAUUUGAAUAUAUGUUUGUUGGAAAUAUUGUAACAUCAAUGCUAGAGAGAGAUACACGUCACCCGAUAUGUUGACAUAAGGGAAAUCUAAUAAUGAAUCCAUCUGUUAAUGAGUUGAUUAAAGAUUGACGAGUCAAUGCAUGAUGCAACUGUUCUCACUUUCAUAGAAAGCGAUGGAAUUGGCUUGGCGGAUAUUCAUCACGAAGAAUGUUAAUGGUGUACAUUUUAUCUCAAUCGCAUGUAUUAGUGGAUUUACAACAUUAUUGUACAUGUAUAUCAUCAAUUUAUUACUUUUCACCGAGAUGUGUAGUGAGUUUUAAAAUUUCUAACCCGUUGAUGGGAUACCUAGAAAAUAUCAGAUUGUGAUAUAUAUUUUAGAAAUAAACUACUUAUAGUACAA